AUGAAUCCAAUAUCUAUGCCCUAAUUUAAAGGAGAUCCACUAUUGUUUCAUGCAGUUGCACAUGGUAAUGUUUAGGAAGUCAUUUCAUUAAUUGAAGACAAAGAAGCUAAUGUAGAUGCUCGUAAUAUAAAUGGUGCAACUCCUUUGAUUUUUGCUGUUUAAGCUAAUCAUCCUUAAAUAACAGAACUUUUAUUGAAAUUUAAAGCGAAUCCAAACUUAAAGGAAUAUUAUGAUGUUGGUGAAAAGACUGCUUUACAUUAUGCAGUUGAAAAAAAUUAAUUUAAAUUAUGUUAGUUACUUUUAGAUUAUGGAGCAAAUCCAAGUUUACAAGAUAAAAGAGGUCUAACUUGUUUGCAUUAUGCAGCUAGAUAAGGAUUUAAAUAAAUAGUUGUGUUAUUACUUAAUUAUGGAGUAGAUAUUAAUUUAAGAGAUGAAAAUGGAUUCAAUGCAUCUUAUUGGGCUCAAGUCAAUAAAUUUAAUGAAAUUUUGACUUUGCUGCCUUAACCCAAAUUUAUACCAUCUAAUGAUUUACUUGAAUUUAAGACAUAGAUGAGAGAAAUUCAUAAAAUUGAAAUAGGUAAAAAAAAGAAAAAGAAGAAGAAGUGA